AUGGGACGACCUGUAAUAGAAAAACCGGGGCAGGCAAUAGUGGAACCUGGGGUAACAUUAACUAAAGCAACGGGAGGUAAAAUGAUUUGUUCGUUCAGGGUCGAUACAGGGUUUGAUAUCGUGUGGAAUUCAAUUUUGUUAAGUAUAAUGCAAUGCAAUGGUUGAGGAGAAGAUGUGACCCAUAGGUUGUCACGUAGUUGUCUUAGGAAGAAAGGAGAAGGGGGAAUGGGAACCAUAAGAC